AUGCUUUUGCAAAGGGAACAAGCCUGCCUGUUUACAGCUAAACGCACCGACUUAAAUUUAACACCUAGUUUUCAGGAUGUGUCCUUGGAAUUGUCCAAUGAACUGGAGCUUCUUGGCCUAAAGCUCUCCUCUAACCUCAACUUUAAAACCUUCAUUGAGUCCAAGGUGCAAGUUGCCGCCAAGAAGCUGGGAAUUCUCUCCAAAGUGGCGGAAUUCUUCACACCGGAACAGCUCCUAAACCUUUAUAAGGCUCAAGUUCGGUCGGGUGUGGAGUAUUGUUCUCACCUUUGGGCUGGUGCAGCAAAAUACCAACUUAGCGCCUUGGACUCGAUUGAAAAACGAGCGAUAAGGCUUAUCGGGAAUGAGGCCCUCACCACCUCGAAAUUACACAGCUUGGAACAUCGUCGAAAAGUGGCUAGUUUGGCAGUCUUCUACAGGAUCUAUCAUGGUGAAUGUGCUGAAGAACUGCAUAACCUGAUACCUGCUUCUCCUUUUUACCACCGGUCGAGUCGACGCGGUGCUGGUCUCCACCCCUAUGUCAUCGACAUUCCACCUAUACGCACUAAGCGUUACGCUUCUUCCUUUCUCGUGCGUACCAGUAGGGAAUGGAACAAUCUUCCGGCCUGCGUGUUUCCUGAUAAUUAUAAUCUGGACUUAUUCAAAAGAAAAGUGAAUAGGCAUCUAUUAGGUCAGCAUGUUCCAUCCUAG